GUGCACAAGCUGUCACCGGCUCGAUCUUGCGUUCGACAGGGUAAAGCAAUGUUUACAACCGAGAGUGGUGAAAUGACAUCGAGUUCCAAUACACGGAGGUCGACAAUAGAUAGGAGAUAGCCCUAGACGGAGAGGUGUUCACCGACAUCGCGCCUGUCAUCUGAUCGAGUCGCACGGGCUUGAACGCUUGUUGGUACCAUCCCGAUAGCUCGUCGACAACGUUUCAACUUCACGAUCAUCCAACGAUUGUGAAAGCGAUAGAAAAUGAACUGGCGGCAGUUAUGGGCGAUCACCGUGGGGCACGACCCAUCGGUCGACUACCUUCAUCCACUGGUUGCAGCGCUCCUUUUCUACAUCAUUGCAUACAGCAUCUGUUUUACAUUCUACACAAUCUCCCACCAACUCUUCCCCAAAUCACUCAAGAUCUACAUCCUCGACUUCUUCAAAACCCUCAUAAUCUGCGCGUAUCCUUACGGCCAUGGACUUGUUCGCAGUUUUGCCGGACAUAUCGGAUAUUGUGCAGUGGCUGUACCCUUAGUGAUGUUGACAAUGCACACAUUCAAAGAAGGAUCACCAUCACCGCUGUCUUUGUUUGAAGAUUUCCUUGCCAAAAAGUUAUCCCUGUUCAAGACUCUUGUGAGAAUCGUUAUCCAGAUAGCAGCAGCAUUUGCAUCAUUCCGGCUUGUCAACUUGAUCUGGUCGUUUGAGUUUCAUCCUGAUCAUGUGAAUAGCAUGAGAGCAGUGGGAUGUGACACAGAUCUGAAGGUUUCAAUAUUCAUGGGCUUCCUCAUCGAGAUGAUGGGAGUGAUGUACGACACAUGGCUCUCCUAUCAACCUCUCUUUAGAUUCUCACUCCUUGAUGAAGCAGUCAAGACACUGAAUGGAACCAUCUUGGUUUGCCUUGGACUCCAUCUGACUGGAAUGUACAUGCAGCCGGCAAUGGCGUCUGGUUUGUCGUUCGGAUGUAAAGGCACAUCUGCCUGGGAACACGUCUUAGUGUACUGGGUCGGGGCAUUCCUUGGUUGCUAUGGUGCUAUCGUCCUCAACAAGUAUGUUCACUUCAGCCUUGUAAAGACAAAAAACAAGUCUGUCACCAACGGAAAUACAAAUGGGGUCAAGAAUGGUUUACAUGGAAAAAAUACCAAACGGAAGAAGAGAGAUUAGAUUUCGUUCUGUUGUCUAAUCAUGGUGCAAUAAGCUUUAGUUGUUGAUGAGGAUGUGUUUGAGUAAGUAAAGUGUCCAACCGAAAUGGUGAUUCUUGCCAAAUGGUGAUUCUUGCUUGUAAAUCGUCACCAGUCAUGACGAGAUUAUGUAUCACUCAUCUAUUGAUAGGGAUGUUAUUGUUCUGGGAGGAUCCUGUAUGUAAACCAUUGUAUAAAGAUUUUGUUGAAGAUGUAGACAUUGCCCACGCACCAUUACAAUUUCAGCUCUACACAUUUCUUGUCAAAUUCAUUGUGAACAUGUAGUGUGCAUUAACAUGUUUAGAAAGAAACCUAGCAGUUUACAUCUUCCUGUGUUCAAAAUGAACCAUGAAACUCAACAAGUCCCCAUGAGUCAGGUAAAACAAUGGAAGCUUGUCAACAGCUGCAGCAGCUGUAGCAGCUGAGACGUCUCACUUUCCAUUUUCUUAAAAUGUUGUUUGAUGUAUUGCUGGCACUGUUAGUUGUUGUGCAAUUUUAGCCUUGUAUGUUAACGUUGAUUCAUACAACGGUUUGAUGUCACUCCUUUUUAAUGUCUAUUGAAACAGUUUUAAGAUCUUUGUAUUUAAUUUAUUUUUAAUGAAAUUUUUUCAUCCAUUCAUUAAGACAUGUCCAAUGAAAGAAUUUUGUAAUUUCUUGGACAUGUUUAACCUUUAAAACAUUUUUUGAUGUUUUUAGAUAUUUAGUCAUAUACUUUUACUCAAUAAACUUAAUUAAGUCAGAGUUUUUGAACAGCAUUUAGAAGGUGAGAAGUCAGUUCCUUAUUCUCCAUUUUAUGAAUGAAGUCAAUCAUGUUGUUCUGUUUUUGUCAUGUCUUCCAAAAUAGGGGCGUUUGGGUAGCGUUCGCUAUCGUCACGCCGAAGACCUGGGUUCGAUUCCCCACAUGGGCACAAUGUGUUAAGCCCAUUUCUGGUGUC